UUGUUAAAAAGUAUUUGUCAAAAGUUUGCUUUGCUCCUGAUUAUUGCAGUUUUCUGCUGUGUGGGUGCCCUUGCUAUUACUGGCUCUCUACAUCAUAUUGACAAGGACCUGCUUGGAUGGUGGUUAUGUGAACGGCAAGUCAAGUCUGGAGGUCUAAAUGGUCGCCCUGAGAAACUUCCUGAUGUUUGCUACUCUUGGUGGGUUCUUGCAAGCUUGAUUAUGAUUGACAGAGUUCAUUGGAUUAACAAGGAAAAGCUUGUUAAGUUUAUCUUAAACUGUCAGGACACUGAGAAUGGAGGAAUUUCGGAUAGACCUGAAGAUGCUGUUGAUGUUUUCCAUACAUAUUUUGGAGUAGCUGGUCUCUCACUUCUGGAGUAUCCUGGAAUAAAAGCCACUGAUCCAGCCUAUGCUUUGCCAGUAGAUGUUGUAAAUAAGAUUUUCUUUAAUAGAUGACCGUCUUCAACAUUGACAUGGUGAAACUACUUUAUUUUAUUAUUACCUUUUUUUUUUUGUCACAAUUGAAGUUUAUAACCACUAGAGUCUUGUCUAGUGAUUCUUCAUGGCUCUCUUCUUUUGGGUGCUUUCACAAACCUAGUUAAACUUUUACAUAGCUACGUUGUUACUUGUAUUAAUGAUAAUCUAAGAGGUAUCCUUUAAAGUAUCUCAUGAGCAGAGCAGUUAGUGUGCAAAUCUUAAAAUGUAUAUCAUUUAUUUGCUAUCUUUUUAAUGUGUAUGAAAAUACAAAAUACUUUACCUGUUUGCUAAUAAAAGUUUCUCUUUUCUUGUUUUGAUAUUUUGUUGUUGAACUAGCAUUCUUAGCUUGUAUCUAAAAUUACUCUCUGUAUAAAAUUUUGCCCUAGUAGGUUUCUCUUUCUCUGUCUUUCCCUACCUUAUUUAA